UUCUUUUCACAAAAAAAAAAUCACGCAUUCAUACAAACUACGAAGCUUCAGUCCUCGAGAAACGAUUCAAAGUUUUGCACGAAAAAGGGUAGAAGACCCCCCAAACUUGUUUUCCCCCGAUAAUAUCCAAUAUCGGAUCUAAAAUUUUAUUGAGUUCCUUAUCCUUUGAAUGUUCCAUACAAAGAAAAAGGUUUAUUCCAACUUUCUAGCACGACGUUUCUCAGCAUCUGCAACUGCAUCAUCUGAGUUGUACUAGAAGAGAGGGUGCAUUUAACAUUUCUUUCGCUUUGAGUUUCAUUUUCCAUUUCCCGUUCUUUCGCAGCGAUGAAAUGAUUCCACCAGCAAUAGCACACGAUUUUUCUGAACUUUCCCAAUUUUUUCUCAACCUGACGACAUCGAUAGUCAGAACAAAUUUCAUCCUGACAGCACGAAAAUCUAAAUCUUCUAGGAGCAGUACAGCAGGUUUCUGUGCGACCACAACUAUCGAGCGACCGAUGGUCCACCUCUGAGUCGGCGAUUAAAUCUUAUCUCGUCGCCGCCCGGGUUCAUCUUUGUUUUAUUUUCGUUGAAGAACAAGAUGAACAACGACCAACCUAUUAUUUCCUUUUAAAGUUUCAUAUAUUGCCUUGUUCCUAUUUGUAUUUCCUGAACGUCCGACGUCUGAAAUUUCUAGUUUCCAAUUCUAGUUUCCAAAAAUGUCAAGUUUUAUUCCCACCAUGUUCGGAGGUCUCGGCGAGGUGGAUAUGCAUAUGGACAACAACCUAUCCAACAAAAAAGUGUUAACGUUAACGGUUUUCACAGAUGGCAGUCAUUCAUUACAAAUUUUGCCUUCCAGCAAUACAAAUCUGCGCACCUUUUUUCAUGCAUCACUGCAUCACAAAUUCCGUUUAACGUUAACACUUUUUCUUGUGAUGCAACCCUUACAAUAACGACAGCACAACGGGUAUUGGUGGAACAACUCCUGGUGCCAAUAACAUGAUGACGAACAACGCGACUAGUUCUCCGACCGCGAAAAUGGCCACGGGGAUCAUCACGCUCCUUGGAAAAGACAUGGCGGUCUGCGAAACGGUGCACAAUGAGAAGGACGACGAGUUCGGGCACACGAGUCUUUUCGGCCAGACAGCUUCGGAGGUGAAGGUGUACUUUCCGCAGGUAUGCAUUGCAUGCAAAAGUAUGAUCUUCGUACUCGUUCCAAUGCCAGUCUUGCAUAUACAGAUCUAGUUUUGCACCUGAAACAGCAUGACAAAUGCCAGCUUUUCUGUAUGGAAUAAUUUGUCAUGCCAUUCAUAUUGGUACGACGACGACUUCCUACGAUGACGAUAUUUUUGCGAUGCAUAGCAGGGAAAGCUCGAUCAUUUCGUUCUCAAGCCCGGCGACCAACUCGCUUUCGAGCUCGACGAAUACCAAGACCCAACGAGAAACGUCCCGGAAUCCCAGGUGUGGGCUUUGAACCCAGUGUCCCUCGAGCAUAAAUUUUCUUCCGACAUGAAAGGCCACGGCGCGAAAAGGGAACUCAUCGAGCAGCAAGUCUUUCCCUUUCCGAAACAUGUGGGGAAACUAGUCAGGUACAGCAAAGAACAUACGAAACAGGGCGGGAACAUAUCCUGAGUAAAAAUGUCCCCACACCAGAGUCAAGAUGGGAAAUCUGCUAGACAAAUCAGCCAGCUUUGGUUGUUUCGCAUGACAAAUUUGUCCUUGUAGUGUAAUCCUGUUUAGCUAGUUCCGAAGCAUUACAGACCUAGCGCGUCAUGCUGAUUCUAGCAUCACAAAUUCCGAAACGCGGCGAGGAGAUGGCUCGUAUGGGGCUCCGCAUGAGAGACUUUUUUGGCAUGCAAUUUUGCAUGACAACUCUGAGAUGGGGACGUUUUUACUCAGGAUACAACAUUCGCGGGAACUUCGGCAACGGGUUUAUUGAGGCCAAGGACGCGGCGGACUGUGAUAUCUACAUUCACCAUUCGAUCGUGUUAGAAACAAUCCCGAUGAUGACCUUUGUCGCCUUCGACGUACAUUACAACGCGCAAAACAAGCCGUAUGGAAGCCUCAGAAUCGAAUAAAUCAAUAAAGUUGAAAUAGUUUGUCAUGCAUAAAAUGCAACGCAGAAAGUGCCUGUCUUGCAGACUAGGCAAGGGAGGCACAUUGUAAGCCUGUUUCGGGGUAGAAAUAGAGCUGCCAAAGCUGCAUGAAAAAAGGCGUCUUCCUUACCCAAACAGCAUUACAAACUGGAUUUCGGCUCUACUCAAAUUUGUAAUGCGCGGCUUAGAAAUUGGGCUUGCAACUGGUAUCGAUUUUAUGCAUUACAAGUUACUUCAACUUUGUCGAUUUCAACUCUGACACAUCCAUAAGCCGCAAGCCAGCGCCCCGCUGUGGCAGUUGGUCGAGGAUUUGCCGAGUUCGAAAACCGUGUGGGAACAGCAGCUACAGAACAACAAUAAAGGCGGAAACAACAACAUCAACUCUGGUGGCCUCAUUACCGCUCCUUCCUCUGCGCAGAAGCCCGCCCUGAUGCAGCGCUCUUCGUCCCUCCAGACAGCGACAAUGACGCAGAACAAUAAACUCGAUAAAAAUGAUCAGCUGAAUCUGUUGCAGAACAUCACUUCUGUUUUAACCAACAUCGUGACUGGGAAUCAGUCCACGUCCGACGCCGGCGCGGCUCUGGCGCAACUCGGGCAAACCAUCCAAGCGCCACAAACGCAGAGGGUUGGAGCAGGUAUGGGGAUGAUGAGCAACAACGUGGGAACUACUACGCAGCGAAUUCAACCACCAGGAGGGGUUAAUACAGCGAUGUUGACUUCGCAAAACAACAAAAGAGAUCCAAACGAGAAGGAAACUUUUUUGAACCCAGCCCGGCACAUCAAGGACGAGGCAAGGGAGUAUUUGGAAAAAAAUUUGGACAAAACGGUCCUGAAAGACAUCCACAUCGGCGUGAUCGGCGAUUUCACCCCCGACGGCGACCACACCAUCAUCCACGCGGCGGAGUGCAAUGUCUCGACCGACCGCAGCCAAAUCCCGCAAAACGGUAUGUACUUCGUACCGAACUACGUUUUGGGGAAGUACGAGUUGAAACGGGGCACGAUGAUCGCCUUCCGGAUUGAGUUGAGUAAGGAGGGACACCCGCUAAUGCAGCACGCGGAUUUCGUGAAAUUCGGAACCGGGUUUGGGAUUUGGGAGCUCACGACACCCUUCCGGGCGGAACAAGAUGUAAUUUUCGGAGAUUACUUCGGAAAGUAGGAAUGGGAAGAAGAAGUCAUGGAAGUCAUUGGAGGAACGCCGGUUCUCAAAUCAUCAAUAUCCGGUUGUCUGUGAUCAUUACAAGCUGCGAUGCAUUUUGAGAGGUUGAUGGUUGUUAGGAUCGAAAGUGUAGUGUUGUGUAAAAGUGUACUUCAACCAUUUAACGUGUUAGCCAACUACACGCAAAACUCAGCGAAGUUGCAGUCUGUGCAGGCGUCACGCGCAUUCGCAUUUUUCGGUUAUUAUAUAUGAUUUUAUGGUGCCACAGAAUUUCAUGUAAUCUCUAAACCGAUAUAACAACCAAAUAAAGAACCGCGCACGAUAAAAAAAGCUUCCACGAUCUUCCUCUUCCUUUCCAUACCACGAUCGUGAAUAUGUCAACGGCUGGCAACGCGUUUGUCGAAACUAAUGUGCUGAAGAAAGAGUACAAAAACGACGCCUACAUUCACGACAAGAUCAUGGAAUUGUGCCACCUGGGUCUGAACAAUGUUAUCUGCUUUCGCGUGCACAUCUCCGGUUCUGGGAAUCCCCAGGUUUCCGCCCCGGUGUGGCGGUUGUGCAUCCCGGGCGGGCACAAGGGGGAAAACGACCCGGCGUUGCUGUUUCAGGUAAAGAUUUGUGUUUCAUCUGUUUGCGCUUUUCACCAUUGCGAUUUAUCACUCUAUGCUUAGGCAGCAUGACAAAUUAUGUAUGAAGCUGCAGCUCAGGAGCAAUUCUUUGUCUUUUCCACAACAACAGCAAGCGCUGGCGGAGAAGAAAACCGGUCCGACGGUUUCCGCGGCCGCCGCCCAGCAUCAAACCACCGCGACGAUUCGAUCGAGCAGCAAACUCCUGAUCCAGCAGGUCUCGGAGGAGGAAAAGCAGCAUGAUGAUGGGGAAAACCUGUGGGAGCUUCGGUCCCUGGACGAGAAGCACACCAUGCGGGACAUCGCCUUCCACAAUUUUGAGUACGAAGGCUUCGUAAACAACAUCAACAAGGUCGGGCAUGUAUCCUGUGCAAAAGUAUCGUACUCGUAGUAAUCGCAAUCAUGCAUUACAAAUUUCCAUCCCAAAGCAAAAUAGCAUGAGAAAUUCCAUUCGUUAUGCUGACCGAAUUUGUAAUGCGAUUUCUACUAGUACAAUGCUUUUGCAAUGCAUAGCAUGGCUUCGCUCGCGCCCCCGGGUAUUUCGUCGACGAAAAGAACCGGAACAUUUUCCUCCACAAGGACAUGGUAGAACGCGGGGAGAUGAAGCCCAACAUGCGGUUUAUGCAUUGCAAAAGUAUCGCACUUAGUACGAGAUUGCAUGACAAAUUUUCUCCGGUUGAAAAAUGAAUUUGUCAUGCUAGAACAGUAGAAAAUGAGUUUUGUCAUGCAUGGUUGCGAUGCAUUACCAUUACUUUGAGUGCGAAGAUGCUUUUGCAUUUGAUACGGUUUCGUUUCAAGCUGCAUUUUAACAAGGAGGGGUUACCGCAGGCGAGCCAGCCGGUCUGGGUGUGCCUAACCGCGGAGGGGGCGGCGACGGGAGAGCAGGCGGACGGAAAGGGGGCUACAGCUUCUUCCACGGGAGGUGCGUUAAACGUGGUCCCGGUAGUGGGAGCCACAGCCGGAACAGCCAUAAUGGCGGGGCGGAACGGAGCAAUCGGAGGUGCUCCGCGGCUAAACUUAGCAGCCACUGGCGGCUCGGUUGGAGGGCACCAGCAACCGCAACAGCCGCAGAUAAACAAUCGCAACCCCUUGUUUGGCACGUCCACCGCUCCUAAUUUUAAUCCUUCUGGUGGAGCAGCUGCAGGUACAACUUCUAAAAAGCUGAUGCCAUUGCCGGGUCGCCCUCCGGCGAUGGGGCAGCAGCAGUAUCAACUGUAAAAAUGUCUGGGUCUGGAAGAAUCCACCUUGUCAUGCUGAUUUUGGAUUCUAAAAAAAUCUGUAUUGCAAGAGCAGCAAAGAGAGUCCAAAUUUUGCAGCACGGAAAGAGCAUUUGUCAUGCGGAAUAGGCUUCAGGAAGCCCUCUAAAAAUCUGUGAUGCUAGGGCAUGCGUCACAGACUUGAGGAGUCAUGCAAAAUGUGCAUGACAAACCUGGCAAUCUUCCAGACCCAGACAUUUUUACAUUUGAUAAGCAGUCGCAGGUGACUACAAAGGGAAAUAACAAUAACUUUUCUACAAAAGGCGGCGGGAAGGGUGGCAAGGGGAAGAUAUGACAGGAAGAAGUGUUAACGUGAAGGUUAACGGAAUUUGUGAUGCAGCAAUGCAUCUUCACGAAACGUAUCAAAAUUUGUCAUGGAUAGCAUGCAUAUUGGGCUACAUUUGUGAUGCAUGACUGCAAUCUGUGAACACCGUUAACGUUAACACUUUUUCCUGUGAUAGAAGAACAAGAUCAACGAAGAUUAUAGGAUGGACAGUUUUUUGCCCAAAAACCUGUUCGGAAAUAGCAACCAGGCGAGCAGGCCGACUCCGUAUUAGGAGGUGCAUUUUUAUUAUGCAAGAAAAAAAGAAAAACUGUGUAAGUGUAACUCUGUAAUGCAAAACAUGCAACAGAGUUACACCUGUCAUGCCACACAGCCAUGAAGUCCUUUUUUCAUGUGUAUUUUCCCUUACAAGCCACACAUGACAGGUUUUUUCUGUCAUGUAGAGCAAAUCUGUGAUGCUGUCAGCCAAAGAAAGUUACACUAACACAGUUUUUUUCUUGGAUAUUUAUGGCUCGCUAGAAGUGCGUUCUUCUUGUCUAUGAUCUCCAACGGUGUGUCGAACAUCAAGAAUAAAACGACAGCACACACUUUCGCAUAAAAACCUUUCCUCCAAGUAGAAUUUUCCUCGUGAUAUGUAUGACCUCCAAGAAGCUGCUGUGCAAAAGU